AUCUUCUGAACGCUCACGUCCCUCGCCCUCUGUAGAACGGCAGGCAGGUCCCGCUGGAAGCACCGGUUCGUCAGGUUGGCGCCGAUGUCUACCAAGGCUGGCAGCAUCGUUGUUCAACACUACCUGACUGACUCUGAGAUAUGCGACCAGAACUGACUUUUGACUCUGGCAGCUGGCAUGGGUUCUUCACGGAUGACCGCGCCUACCCGGGCCGGCCCGCCGGGCAGCAGUGGAAGCUGGACGUGCAUCUGGCCUUCGUGAUCCACAGCAGCGACUACAGGAGCUUCUUCGGCUUCGGUACGGACGAGAUCGGCGAGUUUCAGUUCACGGAGGGGAGAGUUAGAGCUGGGGCAGUGUCCUACUUCAAGCAGUAUUCCACACACACAGUGACGUACCACGGACAGCAGAGAGGACACAUGAUGUCAGGGAGGUGGUUUCUUACAGACUUUCCGUGGGUCCAGGGAGGAUGGUCACUUUGGCCUCACGUUCAGAACUAACUGUGGGAGGAAGACUCGCCCUCUCGUGUCAAGCAGCCACCAGCCAAUCACGUCGCAGGUUAUGACCAGGAGGCAACGUCAUUGGUCAACGUCAACAACUUCAAUAACAGGAGAGGGAGUAUCUGAUUGGCUGACGGCUGCCCAUCGCUAAUGCAGCGAGAAGAACAGAUCUUGGGCCAGUACUCCAGGAUAGUCACUUGAUACAUACAACUUACAAGUGGCGGGCAUUUCAUGAGGGUUUGGUUGGGAGCUAGUAGUAGCUGUCAUUCCUUUAACUGGCGUUUAAAAGAAAUCACGGCCACUUCUAGUCCCCAAGCAAAAUCUCUGAUGCUUGGAGAAUAGACAUGAGAGGAUGGGAUAAGAAGUGUAAACUUUUACCAUAUAAUAUAAUUAUAUUUUGCUAUCAAAUGC